AUGGCAUCUGCCUCUUCCUCCGUCGUGGCCGGAGACGAGAAGUCCACGACGGAGAAUUACCGCAUCCUUGCGCACGGGAGCACAUAUAUCGACGUCGUCUACACCAAUGAGGCAGCGACUGUUGAUAGAAUUCUUCGUAUGUACGAGGGUUGGCUCGACGAGGACGAGGACAGGUUCAAGUUCGUUGGUCUGGAUCUCGAGUAUGACUCUAGCGGACACAAGUUGGCGGUAAUGCAAAUCGCCAUGAGGGAGCACGUUCUUGUAUUCCACUACAUUAGUGUUGAUAAAAGAAAUGACACAAAAGUUCUUCGUGCGGCCGGUCUUCAUGUUCCAGAAGAGAGACACAUCGACAUCCAGGACAUUUUCAAGAUUAAAGGUCAACCGCAGGCUGGAAUGGCUGAUCUUGCAGCAAAGCUCAUUGAUCCUAAGUUUGCCAACAUGAAGAAGGAGUUCAAGUACAACCGGCGAAGGAAGGAAGGGCAUGAUUUCUGGGAAUGCAAGCCACUAUCCUGGAUGAACCUCGAGUACGCAGCUAUUGACGGCUAUCUCAGCUAUGAGAUAUACAACAAGAUCUACACGGUGAAUGAGGGACAAGCUCACCUCCAGAGAUCAGACCACAUCUGCCCCAGAUGCAAAAAUAAGGAUGAAUCUUCAUCCAUGACCAAGCGUAAGAAGCAAGCCUUGGAGUGA